GGCCGGCUUCGGCGGAGGAGGCGGCGGUGUCUGGUCCCGGCACGGCGACGCAGCACGCGGGCGGCGCCACAGGGCGGGCGAGGGCUCCGCAGCCUGCCGCAGCCGCCGCCUGGCUGCGGCCGUGCCUGAGGGCGCGGCGGCGGGCGCGCGGCCUGUGAAGGCGGCAGAGCAGCGGCGCCAGCGUCCUGUCAGGCGGCCGGGGCGCCGCGGACCGCGCAGCGAUGAUGCCGCAAACAUAAGGCUUCGUGGCAGAGAGGAUUCCAUUAGGAGAGGUCUUCACUGUGCCGGAGCACGAGUGUCCUUCGUAUUGAGAAUGCAAGGAGAUGAUAUUAACCGUAUUCUUGAGCAACAAUGAACAGAUUUUAACAGAAGUUCCUAUAACACCGGAAACAACCUGUCGAGAUGUUGUAGAGUUUUGCAAGGAACCUGGAGAAGGCGGAUGCCAUUUAGCUGAAGUGUGGAGGGGAAAUGAGCGCCCCAUACCCUUCGACCACAUGAUGUAUGAGCACCUGCAGAAGUGGGGGCCUCGAAGGGAAGAGGUGAAGUUUUUCCUUCGACAUGAGGACUCUCCAGCUGAGAGCAGCGAACAAGGUGGCCGCCAGGCUCAAGAGCAAAGAACUCAGAGAAAUGUGAUGAAUGCACCUGGAGAAAAACGUACUGAGAAUGGGGUUGCAAAUCCACGAGUUGAACUCACACUCUCAGAGCUCCAGGAUAUGGCAGCAAGGCAACAGCAGCAAAUUGAAAAUCAGCAGCAAAUGUUGGUGGCCAAGGAGCAACGUUUACACUUUCUAAAGCAACAGGAGCGUCGCCAGCAGCAGUCUAUUUCUGAAAACGAGAAGCUUCAGAAGUUGAAAGAACGAGUUGAAGCCCAAGAAAACAAGCUGAAGAAAAUUCGUGCCAUGAGAGGACAAGUGGAUUACAGCAAAAUUAUGAAUGGCAACCUGUCUGCUGAAAUAGAAAGAUUCAGUGCCAUGUUCCAGGAGAAGAAGCAGGAAGUACAGACUGCAAUUUUAAGAGUUGAUCAGCUUAGUCAGCAAUUGGAGGAUUUAAAGAAAGGAAAACUGAAUGGAUUCCAGUCUUACAAUGGCAAGUUGACAGGACCAGCAGCCGUGGAGCUGAAGAGACUGUACCAGGAGCUACAGAUUCGUAAUCAGCUCAACCAGGAACAGAAUUCAAAGUUGCAGCAGCAGAAGGAGCUCCUGAACCAGCGCAACAUGGAGGUGGCCCUCAUGGACAAGCGCAUCAGUGAGCUUCGUGAGCGUCUCUACGGCAAGAAGAUCCAGCUGAACCGUGUGAAUGGCACGUCAUCACCACAGUCGCCCCUGAGCACGUCCGGCAGAGUCGCUGCUGUAGGGCCUUACAUCCAAGUCCCCAGUGCUGGCAGCUAUCCUGUCCCGGGGGACCCUGUGAAGCCCCAGUCUCUCACUGUGUCCUCAAGUGCUGCCCACGGGAGAUCUAAAUCUGGUGGCCACAGUAGACCCAGAGUGACCAGCACAUGGACAGUUUCAGACCUGGACAUCGGGCCUAGUCACGGCCCCACACAGCACUCUGCAGUCCCCCUUGUAAACCCUAAUGAUGGCAGCUGGCCGACAUUAAAGCAGAAUGCUGGCUCUUCGGUGAAGCCAGCACCAGCGCCUGGCUCAGAUUGGAAGGAGCUGGGCACGGAGGGGACCCUGAAGCAGGGCGCCAUCUCAAGCCAGCCUCUACCCUUGUCGGCGCUGGGAGCCACAGAGAAGCUGGGCAUCGAGAUUGGUAAAGGGCCACCUCCCAUCCCUGGUAUAGCCAAACCGCUGCCUCCAAGCUAUGGGACAUACCCAAGCCCUAUACCCCUGGGCCCAGGGUCGACAAGCUCUCUGGAGAGAAGGAAAGAGGGGAGCUUGCCCCGACCCAGUGCAGGCCCGCCAAGUCGGCAGAAACCUGCUCCGCUGCCCCCAGCAGGCAGCACUGCCCAGCCUGGCUCCUCACAGCAGAUUCAGCAGAGGAUAUCUGUGCCACCAAGUCCCACGUACCCACCAGCAGGGCCGCCUGCAUUUCCAGCUGGAGAUGGCAAACCCGAACUCCCACUGACAGUGGCCAUUAGACCCUUUCUGGCUGAUAAGGGGUCAAGGCCACAGUCUCCCAGGAAAGGACCCCAGACGGUCAAUUCAAGUUCCAUAUACUCCAUGUACCUCCAGCAAGCCACGCCACCUAAGAAUUACCAGCCCACGGUGCACGGCGCCUUGAACAAGUCAGUGAAAGCAGUGUAUGGCAAGCCCGUCUUACCAUCAGGGUCGACAUCCCCCUCGCCCUUACCGUUUCUCCACGGGUCCUCACAGCCCCAGCCACCUGCAGAAUGUGCAGAGAAGGAGCCCGAGCCGGAGGGCCCGGCCGCUCCCUCGGAGGGCAGCACGGUGGAGAGCCUGCCACGGCCCCUCAGCCCCACCAAGCUCACGCCCAUCGUGCACUCACCGCUGCGCUACCAGAGCGAUGCAGACCUGGAGGCCCUGCGCCGGAAGCUGGCCAACGCACCCCGGCCCCUCAAGAAGCGCAGCUCCAUCACAGAGCCCGAGGGCCCCGGCGGGCCCAACAUCCAGAAGCUGCUGUACCAGCGCUUCAACACGCUGGCCGGGGGCAUGGAGGGCACGCCCUUCUACCAGCCCAGCCCCUCCCAGGACUUCGUGGGCACCUUGGCCGACAUGGACAAUGGGAACGCCAACGCCAACGGCAACCUGGACGAGUCCACCGCUGCCCAGCCCACUAUCCCGCUGCCCGAGGAGCCUGCCCCCUCCUCAGAUGCCAACGACAACGAGCUGCCUUCCCCCGAGCCCGAGGAGCUCAUCUGCCCCCAGACAACGCCCCAGACGGCCGAGCCUACAGAGGAUGACAACAACAAUGUCGCCACAGUGCCCCCCAUGGAGCAGAUCCCCAGCCCGUUGGCCGAGGCUCCCUCUCCAGUGGAGGAGCAGGUCCCGCCAGCAGCACUGUCCCCGGCCGUCCACCCCCAAGCAGCCUCCGUGAGUAAACGGACCAACCUGAAGAAGCCCAACUCAGAGCGGACGGGGCACGGGCUCAGAGUGCGCUUCAACCCCCUGGCCCUGCUUCUAGAUGCUUCCUUAGAAGGCGAGUUUGACCUGGUGCAGAGGAUCAUCUACGAGGUGGAGGACCCCAGCAAACCCAACGACGAGGGGAUCACCCCGCUGCACAACGCCGUCUGUGCUGGUCACCACCACAUUGUCAAGUUUCUGCUGGACUUCGGGGUCAACGUGAAUGCUGCUGACAGCGACGGAUGGACCCCGCUGCACUGCGCCGCCUCCUGCAACAGUGUGCACCUGUGCAAGCAGCUGGUGGAGAGCGGCGCGGCCAUCUUCGCCUCCACCAUCAGCGACAUCGAGACUGCCGCCGACAAGUGUGAGGAGAUGGAGGAGGGCUACAUCCAGUGCUCCCAGUUUCUCUACGGGGUGCAGGAGAAGCUGGGAGUGAUGAACAAAGGUGUGGUGUACGCCCUGUGGGACUACGAGGCCCAGAACAGUGACGAGCUGGCCUUCCACGAAGGGGAUGCCAUCACCAUCCUAAGGCGCAAGGACGACAACGAGACUGAGUGGUGGUGGGCUCGCCUUGGGGACCGGGAGGGCUAUGUGCCCAAGAACCUGCUGGGGUUAUAUCCACGGAUCAAGCCCCGGCAGCGAACGCUUGCCUGAACUUCCCCUGGAGCACCACGGUCUGCCGGCUCCCUGGAGCUGCUGGAGGCAACUCUGCUGUCCCAGGAAAGCUCAGCUGGGUGGUCUCACGGUGCUCACGUUAGCAGACUGCAUCCACAAUGUGAAUCCCCACACUUCAGGUGAGGCCCUUUCUCCAGUCUGACUGUAACUGGGAGAGGUACUUUUGCCUCCAAGACUCAAUUUUGCCAAUUACUAUAAAUCCAAAUAAAUACUCAGCUUUCAGAACACCUACCCCUGUCGCCAAUACAAAAGCCCUGUCACUGUCCUCUCCCCUGGUUGGCUGCCAGUGAAGAUAAGCUCUGACUGCCCGGCCUGGCCGUGCUAGAUGUGCCCUGCCCCUCACCCCUCCACCAUCUUCCCUUUCAUCACCAAAGGAAUCCGGGUGGAAAGUGCCCAACGUGUGUGUCCUCUAGGGCCCCUGCAGGAUGAUUCGGGGGUUCUGCUUCUUGCUGGCCCUGGGCCAGCCUCCCAUGAUCCUCUGGUUUCUGAGCCUCUGGCUGCACAGCUGGAAUCCAUCCCUGCUGGGUGCACUGGUGCCCUGGGCUCUGUGGCACCUUGGGGCAGGGCCAGACCUCUGGAGGGAGCUGGCUGGGGCCUGAUGGGCAGCAGCUGCCUGGGUUGCCAGAGCACAGUAGCCAAACUCCAGGUCUGUGCUCCACCCAGCGCGGGCAACGCCCCCAGCUUGUGCCAUGGACAGGCCUCACACACCAAGAUGACUGUCCCCUGCCCACAUCAGACUACCAGAGCCAAGCUGAAAAUGUGUCACCUCAUUAAAACACAGGCCCCAGGCUUUACUUUUCA